AUGGGUCGGAAAGUUGGCACUGCAUAUUUUAAUCCAAAGAAAUUUGGCGCUCUUCACAAACCUUGCAUGAAGGAUAUGCUAGCAUUCCUCAACUGCUUGGCUCUUAACCAUAACAGUGAUGACAAGUGUGCAAGGCAGAAGGAACUUUUGGGUACUUGCAUGGAUGCUCAGUUGACAAACUUUUUUCAAGGACUGUGCCCUAAUGUGUCUGACUCCUUUGCUACAGAGAAACAAAAACAGAAAGUCAAUGGGAAGCAUCAAUUACCACUUGCAGAGGUUAAGCAGGGGAAGGAAGUAGUUUGGGUUUUUGUAGAGACAAAGUUUAAAUUGAGGUAUGAUUUUUGGAAUCAUCAGUGA